UAUAAAGUAAAAUUUAAAUAUUCCAAUUGUUUAUAUAAAAAUUCUGUUCAUCAACCUAUAUACGUUUAAAUAUCAACAUAAAGCAUUAUUUUUGUACCUGGCAUGGUAUCUUUCAAUUGGUUUACCUUUUUUAUUUAUAUAAAUUUCUAUCUAUUUUUUUGUAUUUGGCUGUAAGCUGUAACCCUUUUAUUUUAUUAUCUUAUAACUUUGUCUGCAUAUAUUUUCCUAAACUACUUUACGGCUCCUUUUUUUAAACAAUGGGUAACCAGCUGUCGUUCUCGUUAACCGAAAGCGAGCUACAGCGCCAGAAGAACGCCGAGGGGAUGCCGCUACCACUGGAUCCACGAGGCAAAGCUGACCUGAUCAUGCUCAUCAUUAUUUCAACAGUAUAUUCGUUUGACUUUUUGGCGGUCGUGUACAUGGUGUGGAACAGAAAAUACGCGCCAAUCAAGUCAAAAAACGUUAUUAUCAUGGUUCUGAUUAUGUUAGUAUCCGCUGUGUGGUUCGUCGGCGAUCUCCAAUCCAACGGCCAUCUGCCUUUAGCAGGGACGCACUUAAUGGACUGCAAGGCGUUUGGAUUGUGGAUGCGUGUUAUUCUGGGCGCGUGUGGCAUGUGCUCACUAAUUGCACUGAGAGCACACGGUUUGUAUCGUGUAUUCUAUCUGUACAAGCCAUAUAACGGAUUGGGGCUAUACAUGCCGUUCAUCAUCUAUUGGGUGUGUGCGCUCAUUGUCGGCCUGAUCUCGCAGUUUAUGAAACCGGAAAUUACAACCCAGUACAUUGAGCUACUCGAUAUCUGCGACUAUAAUACGUCAUUCCAGGCAGUGCUGUAUUCGUUUCUUUGGAUUACCCUGCUCAUAGUGAUAUUUGCUCAUUGGAGGAUUCGCAAGAUCAAGAGUUCGUUUAAUGAAGGGCGCGAGAUGAUGGUUACGUGUACGAUCAUGUUCAUUGUACUUUUGUACUCGACAACCAUGAACUACGUGCUUUCAAAGUAUCCUCUAAACCUGUCCCAGCGCUUGACCAUCACAUACAUGAAUCAUUUUGCGACCAACUCGCUGUGGUGGCUCAUCAUGGGCAAGCCGCUUUUCAAGUGCUUGUUUGACCGGCAGAGAUAUCUUGACCAGUGGAUUUACAAGCUGCGCAAGGACGGGUUCCAGAAGGAGUACGAAAUUGAUGCGGGCACAGCCAUUUUGAAUAAACAAAAAUCGACGUUACGGGCAAGCUUUACAGGGAAUAAAGAAGGUGGUUCUUUCUAUAACAUAGAUGGUAACAUGUACAAUGGCAAUGGUACCGUUUCCAAAGAUAACGCAUACAGUGCACCUUCCCAGAUGGCCGAAAGUGUCACGGUUUUAAAUAGCGGCAAUUCGUACGGGCAAGCGGCUCGGCUUUCAGCUUCAACGGAGCGUCACCACGAAGAUAUCUUGAUGGAAAUCAUGAUGGACACAUCGGAUGCCGUUUUACAUACCAACAGGUCGCAGGUUAAAUCGCAAUUGUACACUCCAAUCACAUUACCAGAAACUGCAACCAUGGCACCGCUCAAUAUGCAGAAUGCUCAUAAUAGACACUUGGAGUAUGUUGAUUCUAACGAGCGUCAGCUUGUUUAAUAAAUGUAUUGCUGUUUUUUCAUUUUGGGCAGAUUUUAAAGUACUGAAACGUAAGCCAUGCUAAUUUGUGUUGCCUGAGACGUUUAAACCAAUCGCUGUUUACCGCAUUCAAUUAUAGUUGUCCCCAUCCUGACACAUAGUGAAAGUAUACAUGUGACACAAAUUUGUAAAACCAAGUAUUUUAUAUUGCCAUUGUGGCCAGCAUUGCAG